AUGAAAAAUAAAUAUGGAUAAGUGUAACUUAAUAACAAGCAAAUUAUGAAAGUCGGAGGAAGAGGUGCUCUUGAUAACACUGGCAAUAAAACAAAAAAGAAAGAAUUCUAAAUUCAGCUAAUAGAUUAGCCAUCCUAAAAUAAAAAUUAAUUGGCAUAAACUAAUUUAUAGAAGAAGAAAGAGAUUGCAGCAAAAAAGAUAUAUAGAUUUUUGUAUAAAAUUUAUAAAUAGUAUUAUUUGUUUAAUAUUUUGUUUAUAGAAAAGAAAAAUAACAUAGAUAUAGAAAAUUUAUUAUUGACGAGCUUAUAAAUACAGAAAGAAAUUAUGUUCAUGAUUUAAAAAUUCUGAUAGUCAUAUAAAGUUAAGUAAGACAAUGGUUAAAUAAACAAUAAAUUGAAAUGAUAUUUAAUAAUCUACAAUAAUUGUAUGAUUUGAAUAGCCCUUUUCUUUAAGAUUUAGAAGGAUUUCUUCCAUAUAAGAGAUACAAAUUAUUAGGUCCAAUAAUUAAAGGAUUGGCCCCAUUUUUUAAAGUUUAUUUUACAUAUUAUGAGGGAUUUAAUAAAGCAAUGACAACCCUUAAAUAAUGUAUUAAUGAAAAAGAAGAUUUUAGAAAAUAUCUUAAAAAUAUGUCUCAAAUAAAGGAUUAUAAUAAUUAAGAUAUUGAGAGUUUUUUGAUUAAACCAGUUUAAAGAAUUCCUAAAUAUAAUUUACUCUUAUUGGAUCUCUUAAAACACACUGAUAAAAUUCAUCCAGAUUAUAAAAAUUUAUCUGAAUGUUUGGAAUUAUUUAAAAAAAUUAAUGACGAUAAUAACUAAAAUAUGGAUAGAUUUUUAUCAAGUAAACUAUUUGAUAUAGAUAAAUGGUUUGGAACUAAACUCAACUAGAAAUUAGUGAAUUCUAAAAGAAAAUAUAUUACUGAACUCUUAACUUCGACUUUAGAUUAGCAUAAUAAAGUUAUUAAUGUUACAGCUUUUAUUCUAAGCGAUUUAGUAAUUAUUGGAGAGAGAUAAGAUAAUCAAUAUUAAUAUGUUUAAAGUGUAUUUUUAGAUGAAAGAAGUGGAUGUUUAGAUGUUGAAAAUCAAUAACAUCUCUAAAAUAUUUAUAUUUUAUAAGGAAUUAAUGGAUAAUCUAUUACCUUCAUUGAAUAAACACCAUAGGAUAAAAUUGAAAAAAUGGCUAAGUUAUAGAAUAUAAUUCAAGAAUGUAAGGUAUAAUCUAAAUAUACAUUUUAAAGACUAGCAUCACGUUAAGGGUCUGAGGUAAACUUUUAAUUAAACAAAAUAAAAGUAACUGCUUUAGGUCUAGAUGAAAGACAAGAAAAUUUAAGUAGUUAUAAAGUAUAUAUAAUUGAGGUUGGGAUAGAUGAAGUUUUUUAGAAAUUAUUUUUAAGGUUUAGUUAAUGUAUAAAGAUUUAAGAAUAUAUAAAAAAGAAAUACCCAAAACAUUAAUUUCAUUACUUAAAAUAAAAUACAACAAUAAGUUUAUUAAAUGAUUAAAAGGAAAUUGAAUCAAGAAUGAUUGCAAUACCUCUUUUUGUUUAAUCAAUUCUUAUUUCAGAUAUACCAAGAUAGGAUUUAUAAAUUUUAAAAGACCUUGGUUUGCCUGAAAAUUUUUAUGAAUUGCCAUCUAAAGCAAAUGAGUUUAGAAAUUAAAGAAAUGGCCCUUAAAAAGGUCCUGAUAGAUUUAGUUAUGUUUCUCCUACUAGAACUCUAAUUAAAACAGUAGAUUAUGGAAAUGAUUCACAAUCUUUUUAAAAUAAUUAAUGUAAUAGAAGAUUAUUAAGCGCAUCUUCUUUAAUAAGUAGAAAUAUUACAUUAGUGGAAGAAAAGAAAAAUAAAAAAGAAAAGGAUACAAUUUAAAUAAUUGUUAAUCAUGCAAUCCCUCAAGAAAAACCAUGGGAAUUUAAUAUAUAAAAUAAUACUAAAGUUUUACAUGUAUUAGAUUAGAUUUAAAAGAUAUUGUAAUUAAAAGAGAUUUAUGAUUUUAAAUUAUACAUAUUUGAUAAUAAAUCUAGAGUGAAAAUAUUGCAAAAUGAUGAAAAUAUCUGUGAUUUAUUUGGAGAUAGUUUUAUUUUUGCUAAAAAAAAAAAAGAGCUUUGGUUUAAAAAACUUUUAUAUUAAGAUUUGGAUAAUGAGAAAAGCCUACUAUAAUCUGAUAAUACUAGAAUGAAACUUUUAUAUUACUAAUUAGUAAGGGAUAUAUAAAUAUCUACAUUGCCAUUUCCAACUCAAAAUUAAUAUAUAAAAUUAGCUGCAAUUCAUUUGUAUUUAUAAAAAUGCAAUCUUUCAUAUGAUGUUAUUCAAUAAAUAAUUCCAGCCACAAUUUUAUAACUUAAAUAAAGAGAAUAUUGGAAUUGUGUGGUAAACUAAGAAUUUAAAGAUUUUAAAAGUAGUAUGGAUAAUUAAAAAUCUACGAAAGUCGAAAUAAAUGAGCCUUAAGAGAUCGUUAAAGCUAAACAAAAGGGUUUAUUUUCAUCUUUCAUCUAAUCUACUUAAACUCAAUUCUCUAAAGUUGAAAAUCUGGAUAGUGAUUAAAAAAACCCAAUGAUUUAAUUUAUUUCAGAAUGUUUGAAAAAUGAUUUUUGCAUAUAAUAAUUAUUUCAAGUUGUUUGCAAAGAAGCAUUAUAAUAGUUUGGUGAAUAAAAUUUAGUAUUGGGUAUUAGUUACCAAGGAAUUAGACUAUAUAGUAGCUCUAAAGAUAGAAUAUGGGAAAAAAUUGAUUAACCUUAAUCUUUUAAUGUAUUUCCAGGAUUUAUUGAAAUAGCAUAUAAAGGUAAAAAGUUUAAAUUUGAAACAAAUUAAGGAUUCUAAAUUCAAUCUUUGUUUGAUGAAUAUUAAUCAAUCAAAUAUUAGAAUUAAGAAUGA